AAUAAUUAAAUAGUACUUGGUGUACAAUUACUGUGUCAUGCGUCAUUAUGCGCUAAAAAAAAAAGUUCUAUACUGCGGUGUGGUCAUAGUGAUAUUGAUUAUACUUCUUCACCCUGAUAGGAAUGCAAGACGAAGCUAUAGUUACAUUGCAAAAGAAAAUAUAUUAAAUAGCUUACGUCAAGAAAUAGCAAACAAUUUCUCGACUACAGCUUUAGCCGAUUGUGAUUAUUACGAUGUUAUUCACGACGAUACAACUUUGCCUCUUAGUAUCGCGGAAGGCGAUUUAGUUGAGAAUCACAGAAUAAGAGAGGGUGGCGAAUAUGCUCCUGUUGAGUGCCGGCCUAGAUUUAGUACAGCUAUCAUUGUUCCUUACAGGGAUACAGCUGAGCAGUUGCGAGGCUUCCUUGUAUUCAUGCAUAUGUUCCUGCGGAGACAACACAUCCACUAUAGGAUUUAUGUUGUUGAACAAGUUGACUCACGCCCAUUUAAUAGAGCCAAGCUGAUCAACAUUGGCUCUCUUGCUGCUAUGCGGGCAGGGUUCCCUUGUUUAGUUCUUCAUGAUGUUGACUUGUUACCCUUGAAGCUAGCAAAUAUUUAUGCAUGCACCGAACAACCCAGACAUAUGUCAUGUAGCAUCAAUAAGUAUAGAUUUGUAUUACCAUAUCUUAAUCUAUUUGAUGGUGCUGUAUCCAUAUCUUCCAAACAGUUUAAACUAGUGAACGGAAUGAGCAAUAAGUAUUUUGGAUGGGGUGGAGAUGACGAUGACUUGUACACACGUCUUGAAGCUCACUGUAUAGAAAUGUCACGAUUUGAACCUUCCACUAGUCAAUAUCAUAUGGUUCCACAUGAAGGACAACAAAAAAGGCCGAAAAAAAGUGAACUAUUAGCCAAUGCAAAGGAAAGGAUGUCAAGUGAUGGCCUUAAUUCUUUAAAAUACACAGAAGUUGCCACUGUCCUUCACCCACUCUUUACUCAUAUCAUGGUUGAUUUGUAACAUAUCUUGACAAACACAUGCAUAAAUGUAGAACAGGUUGGGACAUUUCAGUUUAAUUAACAAAACUAAAAUAGUUGAAUGCUGCAAUAGUUGACCUACAAAAAGCACUUUUGAUCCCUGGAAUUACCUGUUUGUGUAUUUAAAGUGGUUGCCACACUAAAACAAAUGGCUAUGGUGAGACAUUGAGUUUUGUUUACUUACCAGUCUUCAGUCUACCUGACCAGAUCAUUAGUACCAAAAGCAUUAUCUAAAACUUCCUGUUUUGCUCUUUUAACAAAGCUAGGUGGAUUGCCCUUGUUCAGAAGCUGAAAGCAGUCCACAGGGAGAAAAUGGUACAAUUACUCACCUGUUUUCUGUUACUGAGUCGCCAAUCAUAGUGGUCAUAUCCCACUAGAAGUUCUGUAUGGUUCUUUGGCUAAGUCCAUGGGAACCAGGUCAACAGCAGAAUUCUUAACUCCAUUGGGUAAAUAGGUGCAACAGACGAUGCCUUUACGCCCCAACAACACUUUGAGAUUAACAGAGGUCAUCAGUACAAAGGUCUGGAACCAGUAGAAAAUUAAUGGUUAUACUAAAAACAAAACACACUCUAGGUGGUACUGCUGGUAUUUGAUAAUAACUCACCGCUAACAAUCAGCCCUAGAAUGGCUGAGUUCUUGUACUA